CAGUAUCAGCCGCUGAAAGGAGCACGCUUGAAUAGUGGCCCAGCCCUCGCAUCGCUAUUUGCAGAACAAUGCAGGCUUGAUGUGCGCAUGCUGAGGGAAAGCGCGGGAGGGAAAACGCGCGAACCGUACGCCAGUCUCGGCCUGCGAGCGCAAGCGGUCGCGCGCCGAAGCAUAACCACCACGCUUGCGCCCUGGCGCUCGACGUACGCCGCGGUCGACGCGGCGUCACGUUUUCCGAAUCGACCGCAGAUAACACGGCCACCGUGACUGAAAUUCAGUGUCAAAAGGUGCGCGUCCGCGAGUUCUACAUCGCGAUGCAGCGUUGCCCUUACAUCCACGAGAUGAAGGAGCGGCUGCUUGGCGCGCCAACAGACGGAGUUGAACGUGAACGCGAUCAGAGAGAGCAGAGCGAGCCUCUGCCGCCAACCACAGACACGCAGGUCGGCACCAUCGUCAAACUGAAUUCCGACGGGUACGGGUCCCACACGUCGCCGGCGCGCGCGCCGCUCGUCACCGACGAGUGUGAUGCGCCGGCGGACGAAACUGACGCCCUGACGCCUACUGAUGCAAUACUGCGGUACAGGGCCUGCUGCACGCCAGAUACGAGACCCAAGAAUGCUAAGACCUCACUCUUCAUCAUUUCAAGUUUCAUCUACGCGAAACUUUUGGUCGUUGUGUGCAUCGCGUACGUCAUCAGCGAUGUGAUAACACACAACUUACCCCUCUACUACUAUGAGGGUUUCUUCACAUAUCUCUACGGCAUGAGCAUCUUGUUCCUGCUGUACGUCUUCUGUUUCCUGCUACAAGAAAGCGCAUGCUGUAACGGCAGUCCUCCGAAACCGAAGCCACCACCAAAGGAAAAGAAGCCGAAGAAAGAAAAAGAAAAGAAAACCAAAGACAAGGAAAGUAAAGAUGGCAAGGAUGGGAAAAAAGACGGCAAGAAAGAUGGGAAGUCUAAGGAUAAAGACAAGGACGGAAAAGAUAAAUCUGCCAAAGAUAGCAAAAAACAGAGUUUCCAGGAGGUGUAUCCCCGUAAGAUGCGUGAUAAAGUUCGACAACAACAAUUACAAAUGCAAAUGGCGCAAUUGUAUACCUCCGAACAGCAACAAGACGUGGUGGAGUUGGAGGCAGGGCCCGUCGCUCGGCCAGUACGCAGGCGCAAAACUUCGCAGAAUGAUCAUAGCCACGGAAGCUUCUUCCUGAGAAUCGGAGCUAUUGCGUUUGGCUUGGGGACAAUGAUAUACAACGGCUUGGAGUUUGGAACUUUCUUUGAGUUACCCUUAGACUCGCCAUGCUAUCUCAUCUUGAAAGGAGUUAACCCCGUCUUACAAAUGGUUUUCACCUUUAUGCAAAUGUAUUUCAUUUUCAUGAAUUCACGGUUAAACAUACAUCGAUUUAAAGUUAUCGCUCGUUUUGGUUUGAUGCACGUCGUGGCGACAAAUAUUUGUGUAUGGAUACGCACACUUGUGUUAGAAUCGCUGAAGGAAAUAACCGAUUAUCAUGUCAAGAAUCCUCUUGGAUUACCUGGAGAAGGCGUACUUGGAAAAGUCAUUCGAAAGCAUACCUUGAGACAUUCGGGCAAAGUGAUUGGUGCUGUGUCUACGGUGGCCACCACAGUAGCUUCGACUGCAACAACAGUUGCUAAAAAUACUGGUGAACAAAUCUUGAAUGCGGUUACUUCAACCACUUCUGCACCAACAACGACACCCACCACAACCAACAACGCUACGGAGAUAUUCGAAUCAUUCGAUAGUUUAAAUCCAGCAGCUUUGAUAGCCAAUAUUGAUAACACAACGGUAUGUGGAAGGAAUCCAAUAAUGGGAACAAUUGUUACCGACUCCGCACCAUAUCUUUACCCUUUCAUCAUUGAAUAUUCGCUUAUUGGAGCUGCUGUAAUUUACGUCAUGUGGAAGCAUAUUGGCCGUUAUCCCAGCGUCGCCAACGACGAAGAUCUGGAAAGACGUCUGGAGGCUGUUCUGUCCCGCAGGGCGGCGGCUUUGGCAGCGGCUCAGAGGGGCAACCGAGUAGACUGCGCUGGGGCAUCCAAGGGUCUUUUCUGUGGUCUUCUCCUUCUCGUCGCUUCAUUGAUCUGCCUGAUUCUGUUCUUCGUACUGAUAAGACACCAGGAGUUGAAGCGCUUGUCCAUUUACUUGGCGGACGUGUCGCAUUGCGCGCUGAUGGUGCUCUCGAUUCUGGCUAUCUUGAUUGGAUUUAUUCGUGGUAGAGUAAUGAAGUGGAGCUCAGAUCCUCCCUCCUGUACCGAGCCUCUUCGCAGGGUGCAAUCGUUGAAGUUCCGUUCUGAAGAACAGUCGGAUUUGAAUGACAUACUGCUUCGUGUCUCCGCGUUUGGACUCUUUACGUACGCCGUGUUCAGCAUCAUCGCCGGUGGGAUGGGGGCUUUCACGCACGAACCUAACUUGCUUGUGAUGAUUACCGGAUGCUUGAGCGUGCUGCAGGUGAUCCUGCAGCUGCUGUUCAUAGCGGACGUGUCGCGGCGGCGCGUGCACCUGCCCGAGCAGGAGCGCAGCAAGCCCGCGCGCCAGGCCGUCACCUUCCUGCUCAUCUGUAACGUCACUAUGUGGCUCAUUUACACGGUGGAGGCGCAGAAGGUGCUCGCUAACCCGGUUCAACUGGACUUCUACGGUUUCGUCGCCUGGUCUUUGGUCCAACGUUUCACUCUACCGCUCUGCAUUUUCCAUCGUUUCCACUCGGCCGUAACUCUGGCCGAAAUCUGGAAGACAAGCUACAAAGCUCGUCUUGAAUGAAUCGACCUAACAUCCAUUUAAUAUGGAUUUAGUUCAAAUACACUUUCAUAUUGACGAUAUCAAGCAAAACCAACAAAAAUAGUUCAAAAUUUCACGAUUUUGAAUGAACCCCUGCAACGAUAAUGUCCAACUGUUAUUGUCAAUGUGAAAGCGAUCUUAUGCCCGUAAAAAUAGGGUUUCGUACCGAUUUCGUCCUAAUCCGGGACAGCAAUAUUGUAGUUAGAUUUAAAUUUCAACUUUCAAUCUUACUAGUAUUUGGAUAUCGUAGCGCAGGUAGAGCGUCAGCUUUAGAGUUUGACUUUAAUCGUAAUCCCGGAUUUCUGAAUGUUUUCGAAUAUCAAUUUAGCGUGAAAUAAGACAUAAUAGAGAUGGAUAAUUCGUCAGGAGCUGUUAACAAUUAAUAUAAACAUGAAAAUCUUUAUUUAGACCAAUCAAAGGGAAUGAUCGGUACAAUGUAUGAGACACUACGAUGAAAUAAGCAUAAUUAUGAAUGGGACAGUCAUAUUUCUGUCAUGAAUGAAUGAACAAGAUGACUAACAAACUCAAAAUACAUUAAUAAUUUACACGGUGUUCCAUUUGCCGCCUACUUAAAAAGGGUUCAAUAAAUUCGUCAAGGAAUAGACUUUCAAUGAAAAACUUUAUUGUGGCUUAGAAUAGUUAUACCUUUUUGUACCCACGCAUUUUUUCAUUUCUCAUAUUACAGUGUGUUUCACUUUCUUUCACAUUCCACUAUCUUUACCGUUGCAAUAUUUACUUUUCAAGACUGAUGAGAAUUGUUGACACGACAAAAUAUACGUACGUUGCUCAUUCUUAUACAAUUAAAAUAUUAGCACAAUUUAUUCUUAAAAUACAAAGUUUUGUACAACCUGUUGUGAAAAGUUCCCUCCUUUGUUCGAGUGCCAUGGGUUAAAAUGAUAUCAAAUUUGACAAUAUUUUCUUUAUGAGGAAUGUUAGAGAGGCUAAAACUAACAUAUUGACAUACUGACGGCCUUUAUUUGAAUCUGCUAGCUAGCUCAGCGUUUUCAAAAUCUCAUGUGGAUAAAAGCCUAUUAUUUACCCAAACUUUAGUAGGCUAUUUUAAUGAAUUAUUGGCAAUGCUACAAGUAAUUUUACAUCUAAAUGUUAAGAUGUAGAGGUAUCAUAAUAAUUUAAAUUAAUGUCUAAGUAAACAACAUAUAACGAAUGAAUUAAUGCGGCUAAUUUUGUUGCUUAUUGCUGACUUUAAAGUCAAAUUUAAGAAAAUAAUGAAGAAUAAUUUUAAGAACCUGAACUUGAUAAAACAAUCAAACAAGUGGAAUCGAAUUACCUACACUAUUCUAUUUACUAGAACUGUGGUAUUUCAUCCAAAAAGAAAACAAAGGUCGUCAAUGAUUACAAUAUAAAAAAUUCUCGAGACGUUCUCCAUUUAAAAAUACUGUAGUAAAUAUUUAAGGAUAAAAGUAUAAUAAUUAUUAAUAUAUUAACGUUUCAAAAAUUUAUUAGCCAACAUAAUAUUUGGGAUAAGCUCGUAGAGUUAUAAAUGUUACGUACGAAAAUAUAGUUAUAUGAAUUAGAUGAUGUAUCGAAAUAAUUGUCUUAAAGUAAGUACUUAAAUAUAGAAACACCAAAACAUGACGCGGAUUGCAGUAUGAUGGUAUUACAAAAUCUGCUUAACCAAGAUGAAUAUUAAUUCAAAAUAUUUUGAUUGCAAGGGGCCAUAAAAAUAACAAUUUUUUUAAUACAACGCUCAUCUUUUAUAAGCACUGUAUUUUAACGUGUUGAGAUUUAAUAUUUACCUAAAUAACGAAAAUAAAGUGUUUAUUGUAUUUGCUGAAAGAGUUCUUUCUCCUUAUUGCGUUUAAUCUCCGCUAAUGUGUUAAACAAAAAUUUGUGAUGUUUGAGAAUGUUGUGUAAAAUUGCGUUGCAUUGGAAAAUAACUUCACUAAAAUAAUAUUUUCGUAACGAUCUAUAAGUGCAAUCUAUUUUUAUAAGCUGUCUAUAUUAUUUACAUAUAGGUGUCAUACCUAUUUAAUAUUUAUUAUGAUAUGAACGAAGGCGUUACGCCCGAUAUCAUUAAUUAUAAUAGUUAUGUUACGGAUUCUGUAAAAAUAGCUCAUAAAACAUUAUUUAUACUAUAUUUAUUGUUUCUAAUUUUAGUACUUGAUUGCUAUAGUUUCGGAGAGUGAUGUGUGCUCACUUUGUGAGAUGCGAGUGAAUGUAGUUAUUUUAAGUGAUACACAAAAAUAAAACGAAAAA